GCGUAAAAUGCAAUUUUGAUCUGCCAACGACAUCUUCUGAACGGACGUUGUCAAGGACGAACGAUGAACGAAUUUAUUUCCGAAAGAUCUUUACAAAAAUAAAUAUUUCUCACGAAUGUUUCCUAAGAGAAUAUAUCGGAUUCGAGAACUUUUCGUUGAACUCCCUGCAGUUAGUCGGUUUAAAACAAAAUGGCGAACGCUGUGACAAAAGUGAUAUUGCGAUGCGAAGAAGCACAGGAAAACGAAAAUUUGGAUUUGUCCGAAUGCCAGUUAAUGCAAGUACCAGAUGCAGUUUAUCAUUUGAUGAGACAUACAGAAUUGAAAAGAUGCGAUUUAUCUGGCAACGUUAUAACAAAAAUUCCACCCAAAUUUGCAGUCAAAUUUUCCCUCAUCACUGAACUUAAUUUAAGUCACAAUCAAAUGAGCAAAUUGCCCGAAGAACUUGCCGAACUUCAAGCAUUGGAAAGACUCAACAUUUCGCAUAAUACUUUUAUCGCUUUGCCACCCGUUACUUGUCGGAUACCACAACUUAAACGACUUCUUGCCAAUAAUAACUCCAUCAUCGACAUUGACGUUGAAAGAAUCAAACAUGCACCAGCGUUGGAAUACAUAGAUUUGCAAGCAAAUCCAUUAACGCCUAGGAUGCACGAUCUUCUGGGUACCUUGACACGUAUCAGAGUGGAAUUAACACCGCGACAAGUAGAAGAUUGGGAAGAUUUGACUAUUUGAAACUAAUUUGAUAAAAACAA